AUGUGGCUUGAACAGCCAUCUCAUAACACCGUCCAAUGUCGAGCUGUUAGAGCAGUCCUCAAACGCGUUAAACAUGCAAUUUGUACAUUCAAUAUUUUCAAACAAAAUCCACCAAUAAUCGACGAACAUAAAUUAAAAGAUGAGUUGAUCGGUACACGACUCUUUGUUAUCCUGCUAAUUGUAUCGUUAGUCGUUCUUGUUCUUUAUACAUCCUUGAUGAAUAUUACAACCACAAUCACAGUUAAUUCCCCAGCGAUAGCUCAAUACACGGCUCUCUAUAUGGACUAUUCAGCAACAUUAACAUGUUACUGUACAACAAUCUCGAUGCCCUAUCAAAAAUUCAUUAGUAUUCAUUCAACGUAUCAUCAAGUGUGUACAAGUAAUUUCACGUCACAGUUAUGGCUUGACUAUUUAACGAACUUAAGGCAAACAACAGUUUUCGAUCAUCCAGAUUUUCGUAAUACUGGCGCCUAUUCUUUUCAAACACUAGUAGCCUUAUGUGCAUUAACGAAUGAGACAAUUUCAAAUAAUCUCGUUGUGUUUAAUUCGACGUCGUUUAUCUCCCCAACUGUAGUAUCAAACAAAACAUUUCAACUACAAGCUCAGUCAUUCAUCGAUCUGUUUAUAUUGGCAACAAAGAACAGUUUUUCAACGUCUAUGAAACUGGUACGCGAUACUACACAAGGUAAUGGUCUCAUGUCUGGCUUACGAACGAAUUUCAUUCCAAAUAUAAGCGAUUCUGAGUUAGUUAUUUAUCCGUAUAAAUAUACAAGAGAUAAUGACUCGACGAUUUGUUCAUGUUCGGUUAAAUCAACGUGCAUUACUCAGUCAAUAAUAUACAAUAUAGAUGGCGAUGUUCAAUGGUAUGUGCCAGGUAUGUAUCAAGGAUGUUUUAUCCUUGAAUCAUUAUUAGAAUCAAAUCUUCAAUGUUUCUACAAUCAGGAAUGUGUAGAAACGUUACAAUCGUAUAUUGAAUCUAUAGUCACGAUAACACCGGUAAUACUUUCAAACACUUCCAACAGUCAAUAUCAACCUACAACCUCUAUUCAACAAAUUAUCGGUAAUCUAAUGGUUGAACAAUGGCACACAUCGAUAUUGUUUGAGGUUUAUUACGAACAAUGUAAUCCAACAUAUUAUUUAGCAGAAAUCGAAACAAAUCGAUUAAAAACAGGCAGGAGACAUCUAAUAGCGUUUUUGAUAUUCGUUGCUGAUGAUUCAAAGGCAAAAGGUUUAGCUUAA